GCACUCACACCUGUGAAUCAAGGUUUCCCAAGAAAUGGCAUCCGGAAGGCGCGUGAUCAAUCCGUCCUCGCGAGCCUUGGCAAACCUGCAGUCCGGUGGUUUUAUUGACUUGGAAAAUGAAGCCAGCAAACUCCCGCAGUACGACCCGGCUACGUGCCCAGAUGGGGUCAUUGACCUCUCCGGCGCCAUCAAUGGUCUCAUGGAUGAUGUGCUGGCGGAAGAGAUGAACCAAUUUUCCAAGAAUUAUGAUUUUGUGAAAGCAACUCGAUACGGUGAUGUUAUGGGACCGAAAGAGCUAGCCAAGGCAAUGAGUGGCUUUAUAAAUCGCUAUUUUGGUCCUGCGCGCUCAAUCACAUCCGAUGAUAUACUGGUGACCAACGGCGUGACCUCACUCAUCGACAUGAUGGCAUUCGGAAUGUGCGAUCCAGGCGAGGGUAUUGUGGUCAUCACUCCAACUUACAUGAUGUUUCCCCACGAUCUGUAUGCCAAGGCAGGCGUCAGUCUCAUCAAUGUCAACCCCGAGCCCAUUGAGAGCCAGUUUGACGAGCAAUAUGCCCCUCUGCUCAUCGAAGCAAUGUCUAGAGCAUACGCCGUAGCUCUGGAGGACGGUAUUAUCCCCAAGGCCCUCCUCCUCUGCAACCCGAGCAAUCCCUGCGGCAGGACCUACCCACGCACUACCCUUGUCGAGAUUGCGAGAUUUUGCGGGCAGAGGAACAUGCACCUCCUAUCAGACGAGAUCUACGCCAUGUCAACCUUCACCGGAACGACAGACACACAUGGACAGGCGAUUCCCCCAUUCACAUCCGUGCUAAGCAUACGGGAUGAUCCGCCGCGCGGGGUGCUCGCUGAGAACAUCCACUGCAUGUACGGCGCAAGCAAAGACUUUGGCUGCGGCGGUCUGCGUCUCGGGUUCCUCGUAACGCGGAACGAGCUACUAUGGCGUUGUCUGAGGAGGUUAGUGCUGUUUACAUGGGUCUCAAGUUUCUCGGCUGCGUUCUUCACGCACUUCUUGCUUGAUGGGGAAGCCGUCGGGAGAUACCUGAAAACCUACCGGGAACGACUCGAGGCGCAGUAUGGGGUGACUGCGCAGCUUUUGAAGGAGAACGGGAUUCCUUUUGUCCCGGCCAACAGUGGGGUCUUCAUCUUCAUCAAGCUGACGAGUUGGUUGGGUCACGGCCAGGAGUCGGCUGAACUCGACGGAAGCCGCGAGAUGAUACUUUGUCGAUAUCUUUUGCAUGAAGCAGGUGUCUUUCUCAGUCCUGGAGAGCUCUCCCUAUCGACCGACCCGGGCUGCUUCAGAUUGGUCUACACCGACAAAUGGGAUUAUAUGCCCAUAGCUAUUCAACGGCUAGCCACGGCACUGAAAGAGCUCAAGCAGCGCCCUACAUCGCAGUCUUCUUCGUCCUCAAUGAAUGGCCAAAACAUCAAGGGCACGAUGGACGCGGGAGAGGAUUUGACGAGAGUAUCACGGCGGACAUCGAUUGCGCGCUUCUUGCUUUGUCGUAGGGCGUGACAGUGCAAAAAACAUCUCUCUUGGAAUGAAAACGAGCCAACGACGACAAUGGGAAGACAAAAAGCACAUCAUAUCUGCCUCAUGGCCGUGAAAUGCAAAACAAUUGACCAGCCUGGGGGUCGAACCCAGAAUCUCCUGAUAACAUACUAAGUCGUAGUCAGACGCCUUGCCAUUGGG